AUGGCAGGAAAAAAAGGUUUAACAGCACAGCUUCAAGUUGAAGUUAAUAACGAAGAAGAUUGGGAAAAACUUUUAUAUCGUGAAGGUUUAAUUGUUGUUGAUGUUUAUUCGGAAUGGAGUGGGCCAUGCAUUGGAAUGACUGGAAAUUUAAAAAGAGCAAAAGUCGAUUUCGGUGGUGAUGCUUUACAUUUAGCAAUUGCAAAAAAUGAUGAAAUACAAGCGUUGUCAAGAUUUAGAAAUAGAAGCGAACCCACUUGGUUAUUUAUUGCGGGGGGACAAUUGGUGACAUUAAUAUUCGGAGCAAACGCGCCUAAAUUGAUAAAAACAAUAGAUACAGAAAUUAAAACGGAAUUAAAAGUUUUAAGAGGGGAAACAUGGAGGAGAGGAGUUCCUAUCGAUGAAUUAUGCGAAGAAGAACGCGAACGAUUGGAAACGUCGGAAAAAUUAAAAACGGAAUCGGAAAAAAGAGAAGCUGAAAAAAGAUUAAAAGAAAUCGAAGAAAAACGUUUUAAAGCUUAUCAUUACAUGUCCGAUCAACUUUUAUACGAAACCGUUAUUGUUUGUUUUCCUCAUACGAUACAUCCAGAAUAUGGUUUAACAAUAGCAACAGAUAUAGAAAUGCUUUGCCGCGCACUCUCCAUGUACAUAACUCAUCAAGUUAAAUUUGUUAUAACGAGAGAAAUUUUCGACGAAGUUUUUUAUCGCGGUAGUUUAGAACCCACUCCGGAUCUUUUAGAAGAUUUAUCACUUGGACCUUGCGUCAUAAUGCUUAUUAAAUCUCAAGUAAUUGCCGCACCCGGUCAAGAAGGUGAAAAAAAACAUAACGAUAUUGAAAAACUUAUUUGUGAAGCACUAAAUGGAGUUACAAUAACGGAUGAUGAAGAAUUGGUUAUUCCUCAUCCUCAAAGCAUACCGGGAAAGAAUUUAUACGUUAGAAAAAUAAAAGUGGAUGAAGAAGAAUACGAGGAAGAAGAAAUGCACGAAGAAACGACAGCAGUACCGGGAUGCUGGACCCCCGCGUCUUAUUUAACAAAAUGUGCUGCUGUUAAAUAUUUCUUCCCGUUAAGAGCUGAAAAGGUGAUGGCACCAGAAGAACCAUCAAAUCCUCCGAAAGUUGUCAUCGCUUUUGAUGUAUACAAACAAAAAGAAUGUUUUGAACUCGUUGAAGAAUAUCACGAUGAUAUUCUCCACACGGGAUAUUUUACCAGUGUUGAUCCCGAAACGGCUGAACAUUUAUGUAACACACCAGAACAAUAUGCUAAAUUAGAUCAUAAUGAUGCGUAUAAGCUUGUUUUUGUCGUGAAAAAAACAAAGAGCGAACCUUUACUUUCACUCGCUGGUCUGGGAGCAGUUUAUGUAAGUGCAGAUGAAAAAGUUGGCAUGGCUGAAGCCGAUGCAUUUUUCCCUCCCGGACACGUUCCCAGAUUUCGUAAACUGCAAGUGGAAGAGGUAGUGGAAGAAGAAGAAGAAGAAGAAGAAGAAGCCGACGAGACUGAAGAACAGGAUGAAGAUGAUUUGAUGGCUUUAUUAGGCAUGACUCCUGUUACGGAAUAA